GGAACCGUCGCUGUGAAGGUCAAACCCAACAAACUCUUUGAAAAUCUCUGACCGCUGUAAUCUCCGGCGUGUUCUUGCAAGUUUUUUUUUUCCGGUGGAGUUCAUUAUUUGAUGCCCUAUUCUAUUGUGAAUCUUCUUCAACGCUUGGUGGUGGGUGGUGGAGGAGGACGCGGUGGUAGACGGGUGCCGGUAAAAGUUACAAGUAGUCGAUUAGUAUUAUGAGGAGAAACCAAAACAACGCUGAUAAUGAUAAACAUGACAACGCCAAUGGCUUAAUUCCUAAUUCAUUCAGAUUCAUUUCUUCCUAUAUCAAGACCGUCUCUUCAAACGUCAGGUCCGCUGGAGCCUCCGUUUCUGGAUCGGUUUCCGGCGAUUCCUCCGACGAACUUCGGAAAGACCAGGUCCUGUGGUCUUGCUUUGAUAGACUCGAGCUUAGUCCAUCAACCAUCAAGAAUGUCCUUCUACUUGGUUACGCUAAUGGAUUUCAAGUACUUGAUGUCGAUGAUGGUUCUAAAUUCAGCGAAUUGGUUUCAACUCGUGAUGAUCCAGUCACGUUUCUACAAAUACAGCCAAUGCCUGAAAAGUCUGAGGGUCAUGAAGGAUUCAAGAUGUCACACCCUUUGCUAUUGGUUGUGGCUAGUGAAGAGGCAAGGCUUUCAGGUCUGUCAUAUAAUGAGAGAGAUGAAUCUCAGUUGGAAAAUUCCACGUACUCUUCUAGAGCUGUUCGGUUUUACUCGUUAAGGUCGCACAGUUAUGUUCAUGUUUUGAGAUUCAGGUCUACUGUGUAUAUGGUUAGAUGCAGUCCACGGAUAGUCGCUGUAGGUCUUGCUUCACAAAUAUAUUGCUUUGACGCACAUACUCUUGAAAACAAAUUUAGCGUGCUCACUUAUCCAAUAUCUCAGUUGGGAGGACAAGGACUCUCUGGGAUUAAUAUUGGUUAUGGGCCAAUGACUGUGGGGCCUAGGUGGUUGGCUUAUGCUUCCAACAAUCCAUUGUUAACAAACACGGGACGCCUAAGUCCUCAAAAUCUAAGCCCUUCCCCAGGUGUAAGUCCUUCAACCUCACCUGGCAGUGGAAGUUUGAUGGCUCGAUAUGCCAUGGAAUCCAGCAAGCAGUUGGCUACUGGGCUCAUUAAUCUGGGAGACAUGAGCUACAGAACUUUGUCAAAGUAUUGUCAUGAGCUUCUCCCUGAUGGUUCCAGCUCUCCCAUUUCAUCAAACUCUAGCCGGAAAGCUGGUAGGGCUGUGGCUCAUUCAACUGAAAAUGCUAAUGCUGGAAUGGUUGUGAUUAAAGAUUUUGUAUCUAGAGCCGUUGUUUCACAAUUUAGGGCCCAUACAAGUCCCAUAUCUGCACUAUGCUUUGAUCCGAGUGGGACUCUUCUGGUCACUGCAUCAGUACACGGGAACAAUAUCAAUAUUUUUCGAAUUCUUCCGUCCUCGCAAAACGAAUCAGGAUCCCGGAACUUUGAUUGGAAUUCUGCUCAUGUGCAUCUUUACAAGCUCCAUCGUGGAAUGACUUCUGCUGUGAUACAAGACAUUUGUUUUAGUAACUAUAGUCAAUGGAUAGCCAUAGUUUCAUCUAGGGGCACAUGCCAUAUUUUCUUAUUUUCUCCUUUUGGUGGUGAGACUGGUAUUCAGUUGCAAAAUUCCAAAAGCAUUGGCCGAACACUCUCAGCUUUUGUCUCGGUACCUUGGUGGUUUACUUCGUCUUUCAUGAAAGAUCAAUCGUUAUCACCACCUGCCCCAGCAGCGAUCACUCUGUCUGUGGUUAGCAGAAUAAAAAAUAACUUUGGGUGGAUCAAUACAGUAAGCGGUGCUGCAUCAGGAAGGGUAUCUGCGCCACCUGGUGUCAUUGCAGCCACUUUCCACAGUUCUGUGCGUCACAAUGCAGAACCUGCUGUCUCAAAUGCCGAUAUCUUAAAGCACCUGCUGGUAUACACUCCAUCUGGUUACGUGAUUCAAUAUGAGUUGUUGCCUUCUAUAGGGAGAGAGCAAGGCGAAUAUUUUUUGAGGGUGGGGACAGCUUCACAGGGGCAGGCUCAAGAUGAAGACUUGCGGGUGAAAGUCGAACCAAUUCAAUGGUGGGAUGUUUGCCGCAGAACAGGUUGGCCAGAAAGAGAGGAGUUUAUUGGUGGGGCGGCUUCUAGGGGACACAAUCCAGCAGCAACUGUCAUGACUAGUUCUGAUGAUGAAGAUAUUACUGUGGAGAAAGAUUCAAUUAAACACCAAGAACGAUCGCGUUGGAUUCCCCAUGCUGAGGUGCAAAUGAGGUCUGGGAGAGUUCCAGUUUGGCAGAAGUCCAAGAUAUAUUUCUUUGUGAUGGCGCCACAAUUAUCUGAAGAGCUAAAUAUCGGUGGAGAGGUUGAUAUUGAAACAAUCCCAGUGCACGAGGUUGAAGUUAGGCAGAAAGAUUUGCUGCCCGUCUUUGACAGCUCUUCUGUGGUCCAUUCGGGUUGGACCGAUGGCCGAGUCGUUGCUGCUGGUAGAUAUUCUGCUUCUUCUUCCAACAAUGAUAGCAGCGAUGAAAAGUUCCCUCAAGAUUCUACAGUCUUUCGUGGGUCGUCACUGGCACCUGCGAACAUGCAAAACAUGGAACAGAUGGAUCCACGUAAAUCUUAUCCUAUUCUUGCUUCAACUGUAAAUAAUAAUGAUAGCGUGAAUAGGAUAAGCUCUUUUGCUCGAGUUGAUGGUGUGUUAACUUCCGCUCUUGAAGAAAUCAUGAAUUCCCCAUCUCCUGGAGUAGCCAUUGCUCCGUCUUCAGAAAGCAUUGUGACUAGUGAUGCUUCGAACCCAGGUUCUAACCGUUCUGACUUGAGUAUGAAUAUGGUUGAUGAAGUUCCAAUGCAUGAAGAUAUGCUAGAGUUUGGACAUGAUUUCCAGCAAGAGUACUGCAAACCAUCAACUGAGGAAGAAAUUUCUCCUAAACUUAGAGAAAAGGCUGAUGUUGAUGGUAAUAAUAGUCGCCAUCAGAGGAGCAAAUCCGAGGAAGAUGGUGAUAGCGACAGUAUGCUUGGAGGGGUGUUUUCAUUCUCUGAAGAAUGUUGAUGGUAAUGUGUGUUUGAUAUGGAAGUGUAACCAACAGUGAUUGAUUUGAGAGGUGACCGUGUUGUUUCUUGGUGGCUCGAGGGACAGUUGUUGGUUUUCUCUCUCUGUUCUAAUUCUUGUGUACAUGAUGUAUAGUAAGUAGUAGUCAUUUGUGUAACAUUACUUGUUUUCAAAUUAAAUGUUAGAACAUCUGGACAUUCUUUGAUUUUGUCA